AUGGAUACUCGGGCCAAAAGCAACGCUGAAUUUCGCAAUGAAGUCAGCGAAAUCCUAGCUCGACAUGAGUCCAGCUUUGAUCAAAUUCAUGGUACCCUCCAAACUGUGUUGACAGAACUUCAAUCCAUGCGAAUCUCGCAUAGCACUGCCCCCAUCGAUAACCCUUUUGCUCAAACCGAAACCUCUCAAAAUCGACUGCUUUCCACCACUAACAACACCCCGGACCGAAAUCAUACCCACCUGAAACUCUCAUUUCCAAAAUUUAGCGGAGACGACCCAACGGGUUGGAUCUAUAAGGCUGAACAAUACUUUGAUUUCAAAAAUGUUGCUCCCGACCAGCAAGCUCAGCUUGCGUCCUUCUAUCUCGAGGGCAUAGCUCUGCAAUGGCUUCGAUGGUUGACCAAGUUUAAGGGUCCGUUAACUUGGAACGAGCUAACCAAGGCCGUGUUGCUUCGCUUUGGCCCAACCGACUAUGACGAUCCCUCGGAAGCCUUGACCCGCCUCAAACAAACUUCGACCGUGGCUGCCUACCAAGAAGCCUUCGAGAAGCUCUCACAUCGGGUUGAUGAACUACCCGAACGCUACAUGAUUGGGUGUUUUAUUGCAGGACUCUGUGACGACAUACGCCUGGAUGUCAAGCUCAAACAACCAAGCACCUUGGCCGACACCAUUAGAGCAGCUCGGCUAAUUGAAGAACGCAACACGUUACAAAAAAGAGGAAGUAGUUCCUUCCGUUGCCAAGUGGCAACCUUCACACCACGACCCACUCCUAACAACACAGCCGGAGUCCUAGGACCCCCACUCGCACCGAAGGUGGGCCAAACCCCAACCAAUAGUCCAGUUUAUGUCCGCCGAAUUACUAGUCAAGAGGCACAAGAACGGCGUGAAAAAGGGUUGUGUUACUAUUGCGAUGAAAAGUUCAAUCCAGGUCACCGCUGUCAAAGACCCCAGAUGUUCAUGAUCGAGGAGUCGCCAUUACUUGAGCCCACCAUUAUUAUGGACCUACCUGAAGAAACUGAAUUGACCGAGCCUCUUCCGGAAAUCUCAUUCCAUGCAAUAGCAGGAACGGCACAUCCUCAAACAUUCCGAGUGAUGGGUAAACUGCAAAAUAAAGCCGUGACUGUCCUCAUUGAUGGGGGAAGUACCCAUAACUUCAUCGAUCAAGCCAUAGUCACGAAAUUUGGGCUGCCUGUAGCACGCGAUCAGAAGUUGCAAGUAAUGGUGGCCAAUAUGGACAAAAUUGAUUGCGAUGGACGAUGUCUUGGGCUUAUACUCCUCAUCCAAAACUUUCUGGUUCAAGAAGAUUUUUAUGUUUUACCCGCAGCAGCAUGUCAAGUGGUCUUGGGAGUUCAAUGGUUGGCCACCCUUGGGCCAAUCGAAACUGACUACAGCAAGCUCACCAUGUCUUUCCAGCAAGGAGGUAAACCUUAUAGGUUUCAAGGCCUUAAACAAUCUACACCCACCGCUCUAAGUGAUAAGGAACUCCUCAACCUCAAGGGAAUAGCCUUGUUCUUUCAAAUCACUCUAAGCCACGAACCAGUUGCAGUCAAUGACCACCCCACCGACCUCGACCAAAUCCUCACUGAAUUUGAGCAUGUCUUUGUUGUACCCAACACCUUGCCACUGGCCCGAACCCAUGAUCACCACAUUCCAUUACAACCAAAUCAAGAACCUGUGAGCGUUCGACCUUACUAG